AUGGAUCUGAAAGUAAUUUCCCUGCUGGCACUGCUCGUCAUCUUAAGCCAUGCAAAUGGUACAAAAUAUGAACUAACGUUUGCCGAUGAGGACAUAUUCAGUACUUGUCCUGAUGCAGAUCCCGGCGCACUUGACAUACACGGCUUAGUAGAUAUAUCGGAGCUCUCAACUUCGAUGGGUGCUGACGGUAUAACCAUCGGUGGAAACACAACAUUGACAUGGGACAUCGAAGCGGGGGAUCGCAUUGAGCUGAGCGUUACCCUUUUGUACUUGGACAGAGGUACUUGGAUAGCCACAGCAUUCUCGAUAUCAUCAAAGGAUUUCUGCAAGGUCAUGUACGACAAAAAUCAGUACUGGUACAAAUAUUGGACGAGUCAUAUUAAAAACGAUGUCAGAGAUGUAUGCAUUAAAGCCCCCGGGACAAAAAUGAUGUACGAGACCUAUGUGCUGACUUUGACUGCCAACGGCUUGGGUGCUCUUCGUGAGGGCCGCUACAAGGUCAAAAUAAAUUUUAAGGCUUUUAGUGCUAAUGGAGUUGAGAGGCCAACUAGCAUUUGCAUGAAUAUCGUGGGAGAUUUAUUCAAAGUGUGACCGAUUCAUUCAGUUGCAGCAUAGAAAACUCU